UAAGUACAAUAUCAUUAUUAUAACAGAUUAUACACCUUUAAUAUAACCACACAUGCUAGAGAGUGGACACAAAUCUGGCCAUAUCAGUCCCUUAAAAAUAUGUAAAAAGCACUCUUACACUGCUUGUAUGAAUAUCAUUGAGAUGUUGGGGCACGUUUUUCCUCAAAGUACGCUCCUGUAAGUUGACUGGCUCCUUCCCGCUUGUCCUGCCCUCCUCUGGAGUAAAACUGGCUGCAGUUGGAGUCAAACUGUCGCCCCAAAUUUCUGAGAAAGAGAGAGAGAGAGCACACACAGCUGUCCGUUGUCUGUUGUAUGAUGUCUCCUCUUGUUGCCCGCCUGCUGCUCCUUGUCUGCCUGGUUUUACCUCUUUAUGGCGUGGAAAAGGUGAGAAAUAGAGGAUACCGAAAGGAUCCUGACGCUGACAAGUGCACUGGAAAUGAUGCAGAAAAGCCCAACUGCACUAGACACUCUGAGGGUGGAAGAUCUGCUUAUUUGAACAACAUGUAUGGCAGCUGCAUUCAGGGGCCAGCAGGAACCCCUGGCAGAGACGGUAACCCUGGGGCCAACGGUAUCCCGGGAACGCCGGGUAUCCCUGGCCGUGACGGGCUCAAAGGUGAGAAAGGCGAGUGUAUCAGCGAGAUCUUCGAAGAGCCCUGGAGACCCAACUACAAGCAGUGUGCCUGGAACUCUCUGAAUUAUGGGAUCGACUUGGGUAAAGUAGCUGACUGUACGUUCACUAAGAUGCGUACAGACAGCACCCUCAGAGUCCUCUUCAGUGGUUCCCUCAGACUCAAGUGUAAGAGCGCAUGCUGCCAGAGGUGGUACUUCACCUUCAACGGAGCAGAGUGUGCAGCACCUCUGCCCAUAGAGUCCAUCAUCUACUUAGACCAAGGAAGUCCAGAGCUCAACUCAACCAUCAACAUCCACAGAACGUCCUCAGUUGAGGGGAUGUGUGAAGGUGUCAAAGCAGGGCUGGUGGACGUGGCUGUGUGGGUGGGGACCUGUGCUGACUAUCCCAGAGGUGACGCAUCUACAGGGUGGAAUUCAGUAUCCAGGAUUAUCAUUGAGGAACUUCCUAAAUAAAACAUGUUACAUGAAAGGGAGCGACCAGUCCUGGUAGUAUAACAGUAUGUUAUCUGGCUUACCAAAAUCAUCGGGUAUGGUUUGCUGAGGCCUCACAGCAUCACUGAUGGUAACUUGAAUGUGUGUUUUGUUGAAAUACUAUAUUAGUUGACAGGCCUAUAAACAAGAAUACUGUGUCAUUCUGUCUUCCAGAAGUAAACUUUGUACUGUAGCUUUUCUGCUGUUGGAAUAAAGGAACCGAUUCACAGACAUUGUGAGAAGACAUUGCCAAUAUUUAAACCAUGUACUCACGUGACCUGUUUAUAUGCAUUAUUACUGUUAAUAAAGUAAUCUUUUCUAACAAUUUUACUUCAAUUAUAUGACUACUUGUAAUGUUUUAGGACAUGCAAUCCAAUAUAACCACAAAGUAAUACAUUUAAUGUAUUUACAUGUAUCAAACAUGAGACAAUUCAGACAAAAGCACAGCUGAGAUUUUAUGACAAAAUGUGGUUAUAAAGCAGUGUCAGUACAAUUUUUGCCAGGAAACAAAGACAAUGUCAGCAACAGUGUCAACUGUGGGAUACAUUUGUUGGUGUGUUUGAACCAAAGUACCAUUCACAUUGUUGAGGUUUGUUUAAAAAAAAAAGCAAUAAUUUAAAAGCAACAAACUAAUAUCACCCAUGCAUGCAACUGGAAACCUGAGCACAUUUAGAUCUCUUAUUUCUCUUGAUAACCAGCACUUUACAUACACGUCAGCAUGUAUUCCUUUCUGCUGACAGAAAACAUCAAAUGUAAACAUAAAUAUGAAAUAUCUCAUUGAUCAGCCUCCUCUGAAUAACUGACUUACACAUCAGUUUUUUUUUUUUUUUUAAAAAAAAGCUACCAUCACAGCAGCUGUUGCGCUACACCCCAAAGGAUGUCUUACAACAUACUUUUGCCAAAAAUUCAAAGAAUGCGAUGCAUCUGAACACAGUCACUGACAAUCCGUAGAAAAAUAAUCCAUCACUGAUU